CGCCAACAAUUUCGAUCACAGACCCAGCAGCCAUUCUUGCAGCGUUUGGAGUUCCGGCAGGAUUAUAUGUAGUAUCACAGCUUUUUAAAAUUGUUAUCGAUCACUUGAAUAUCUACUUAUUCAAUUCUGUUUAUAGGUAUUGCUGCGAAUAUGGUAUUAAAGAAUUAUCCAAAUCAUGUAAAGAAAAUUCUUAUAGUCGAUUGGGACAUUCAGUAAGUGAUCAUAAAUAUACAUUAUCAAUGCGUUGCAACCAUUUAAUAAUAUUCUCUUGUACCUUUUUAUCAAUUAGUCAUGGAAAUGGUACACAAGACAUGUUUUAUGACCGUGAUGACGUAUUGUAUUUGUCUCUACAUCGUUGGGAUAAUGGUAAUUUUUACCCUUACUCUGGUUCAACCUCUGACCUGGGCUCGGGUGCUGGACUAGGUAAAAACGUUAACAUUACUUUUUCUUCCGAAGAUGAUAAAAUUGAUGCAAUGGGUGAUACGGAAUAUGUUGCUGCAUUUGAGCAUAUAGUUAUGCCUAUUGCUACCCAAUAUAACCCUGAUAUAGUAAUUGUAUCAGCAGGUUUUGAUGCUGCUGAAGGGCACGAUGAUUUUAUUGGCGGGUAUAAAAUUACACCUAGAGGCGGAUAUGUUUUAGAGCCAUUAUCAGCAUCUGCAAGUGCCUGUUUAUCUGCCUUACUUGGUCCUGAAUUAUCACCUCUAGAACAAUAUCAAUUGAUCGGUGGUUUAAAUUCAGUGAAACCAAAUUCGGCUGCUGUUUCUUCGUUUCAAAAAGUUGUAGCUACAUUAAAACCAUAUUGGAAAUUUUCGGAACAAGUCAUGCGUGAUGAUUUUCGAUUUUCAUUACCAAGCGAAUGGCGGGCAGUAAAUAGCUUAUCGACGAGACCAAAACGUGCUCCAAAGCCAAAACGCAGAAUGCCCGUUGAAGGGUAA